UCAUUCCUUCAUUUUUAGUUCUUCUUUGCCUUUUUGUGGGCUCAAUGGCAAUGCCCACAAAAAUGGAGGCCACAGAAGCUACAACUACCGCCAAAGAAACUAAAUCUCAAAUGGGCCUACCAAUGACUGAAAAUAAAACUGUGGCCGAAGCUGAGGCUCUAAUUGAAAGUUUCAAGAAGGCAGCAGGCGAAAACAAAGACAACAUGGAUAGCUCUAAAACCGAAGAACCUAAAAUCCAAGGCAAGAAUGCGGGAAAUGUUGACCAAGACAAAGACAUCAAGGCAGCCGAGGAAGUGAAUAAAAAAGAAACCGACAAGGUUAAAAAAGAUAUGGAAAAUAAAAAAAAUGUCGAGGACACAGAGAAUCAAAGUGGCUCCUGGAAUGAUGAAAAUGAUAGUUUUUGGUCGCUGCAGCAUCGUUAUCCCGAUCUGACCCACGAGGAAUUCCAUGAAAUCAAUCAUGAAGAUGCCAUACCAUUGAACUUUCUUAAGGGUUUUGCCCUUAACGGCGAAGAGGGAAAGGAAGUAGGUAAGGAUGGAGAAAAAAUAAAUGAUUUGGCCAAAAUAGCCCCAGAAUUAUUCCUGCAACCUGAAAAUCCAAUCUAUUUGACAAUACCCAUUGUAAUCAACUCCCAUUCAACACUGCCCAUUUCAUUGUCGAUUGGUGGCAAUAAAAUCCCCUUGGAUGCCAACAGCAAGGAGAUUACCCCUCCCCUGAUCAAGAAACUCAGCUAUGCCGCAGCACCGCCAAGGGAAACCAAUCGUCAUCGUAGCAACUUGCGUACCAAAAUCUAUGCCCGAAACAAACGUCAUGAGGUGCAACAAUUUGCCAGACCACUCUAAGGAUAAUGACAAUCUUUUUUUAUUUAAUUUUAAUAAUUUAUUUGCUUAAAUUUAAAUAAUAAAUAAUUUAUUUGUUUCUAACCUACAAAAUAUCAUAGACAGCCUUUAGGAACC